AAAUGCAUUAAAUUAUUAUGCAAUCAAUUGGAAAAUAAAAACUUUAAUUCAUCGGAAAAAAUAUAAAUGGGAAGGGCAAUCGCGGUGAGAUUAGAUUGUCUUUCCUUUCUAGAGAUUUGGCGAGAAAGGAAGAAGAACCGAUAGGAGGAGAGAGAGAGAGAGUUAGAGAGGGAAAGCCCAAACCAAAAAAAAUCCCCCAAUUCCACGCCAACAACGGAAUAAGGGUUUUCUGUGGUUUUUCUUUACUCUUUCCUUUCCUUUCCCUCUCCUCCCAGCUUCCUCCCAAUCCUAAUCUUCUCCCUUCUCCUCCACCACCGAAUUUGGGAAAACCGCCGCCGCCUGCAGCAGCCAUGGAGAAGGUGAAUUCCUCUGCUUCUUAACGAUUCCUCCCCUCCCUUCCCUUCUCUCUUUCCCUCUUCCUCCAGGAGAAGGCGAGAAAGAAGGCGAAACGUUAUCAAACCAGAAGAAGAGGGAAGGAAUUGGGAGAAAUCUCUCGCCCCCGCCGGUCAGACGAGCUAUGGAUGCUACCGCUACCUCCGCCGCUUCCGUCCCCGUCCAGGCUCAGUUGGCUGCUGCUGGAUGCGUUCAAAUCGGCGACAACAAGGAGUCCCUGGUGGAUUCCUUCCUCGUCGAGGCUCUCCAGAAUCCGCGCCACCGUCUCACCAUUCUGAGGAUGGAGCUUGACAUCCAGAGAUUCCUGCAGAAUGCCGAACAACAGCAAUUUGAAUUCCAACAUUUCCCUACUUCAUACCUCAGGCUUGCAGCACACCGUGUUGCCCAACACUAUGGGUUGGUUACCAUGGUACAGGACAAUGGAAUCGACGGACUGUUAAAUAAGAUUGUGGCUAGAAAAACGGGCGAAAGCAGAUACCCUUCUGUCCGCUUAUCUGACAUUCCUGCUAAACAGUUGGAUGGUGACCAACCUGAAAAGGUCAAGAUUGCUGUUAGGCCUCGACCUAACCCUGCUAAUGGGUCUAAUGAGUUUGGUCUCAAACGAAGCCCCGUGAGGAGUGUUGAAGAGAGGAAGGAGGAGUAUGAUAGGGCGAGGGCUCGUAUUUUCAGUAGCCCUAGCAGCCCAAGCUCGGAUGAUGCGUUGCCUCAAGGUCCUACAGACAAGAUAUUGUCAAUCAAGGAUGAGUCUGAGGGUUGGAGGAACCCUCCAGUUGAUCCUAUCAACAUCAGAGAUGGUUCUUCAUCUCGGGUAGCCAUUUUUAGAGACAGGGAGAAGGAUCGUUUUGACCCAGAUUAUGACCGCAGUUACGAGAGGUAUGUCAGAGGUACACUUAACAACCAGUGCUUCAACAUGUUGCCAUUCAACAUGCAGAAGGUUCAAAUGCCCUACAUUCAGUACGAGACCGGUUUUCCCCAAUCGGUUCCAAUGGUGAGGAAUCAAGGUUCGCUUGCGUACAGACAUCCGGCUGCAAACCCAGUUUUGAACCCCUACUGUGCUGUCGGGGCGAACCAAAUGGCACCAGAUGCAGCAGCAUAUGUUCAAUGGCCCAAUGCAUCUAUGAUGUAUGCUCACUCCUACGACCAGUUUAGGCAUGCAGUUUUCCAGCCGCCAUUCUGUCAGCAGCCACUGACGUUCGAUUACAGUCAAAACCAUUGAAAUGGCAGCAGAGCUUAGGUUUGUAAUUGUAUUACCAAUUAGUAAUAUGUACUCGUCCAGAACUUCUCUGUUUAGUAAAAAGAACUGCCGCAAUCGAGUUGCUCGGUUGCGAACCCCCCCUAUCGUACUUUUCUCUCUUCGUUCCUACUCUGAUGACUUGAAAAUUGUAGUAAAAGGAUUGUAAUUGUGUUUGUGUCAACUCUAUGUUUCCGCAUCUCGUACCUCUGUUUUUGUUACUAGUCGCAGGUUUGUGUUUUAUUGAAAUGGUGUCAUGGUUUUAUUACGUUGAUAAUCGUUAGUGCCAUCGGUUCAAUCUCUACGUUUUUUGGGGUUUAUAAACAGUGAUUAGAGACUGUUGUUGAUUGUGGUGUGCUUGUGUUUUGGUUAUGUGUCUACUUGAUUUGGUAAAUGAUGAUCUUGAUUGAAUGAU